CACCAAGUUUACUCGCCCAGGGUUUUAGCCGCCGCCGCCGCCGCACACCGAGCAGAGAGGGAGGGAGGGGGAGAGAGAGAGGUCGACGCCAUGGUGCAGCGGCUCACGUACCGGAAGCGGCACAGCUACGCCACCAAGUCCAACCAGACAAGGGUCGUCAAGACCCCAGGAGGGAGGCUCGUGUACCAGUACACCAAGAAGAGGGCGAGCGGGCCCAAGUGCCCGGUCACCGGCAAGAAGAUCCAGGGGAUACCUCACCUAAGGCCUGCUGAGUACAAGAGAUCCAGAUUAUCCAGGAACAGGAGGACUGUGAAUCGUCCUUAUGGUGGCGUUCUAUCUGGUCAGGCUGUUAGGGAAAGGAUCAUCCGCGCUUUCCUUGUUGAGGAGCAAAAGAUCGUGAAGAAGGUUCUGAAGAUCCAAAAGACCAAGGAGAAGACAACAUCAAAAUGAGACAGCCAAAGCUCUCUACACCCUUGAGAACUUUUUGGAGGAUGAUGGUGAUCGAAUCUCUAUCUGUAUGCUAGGCUGGUGGUUUCUGAAUUGUGAAUCUAGCUAGAGAUUGUGAUCAAUUUUCCAUGUUGUCAGGAUUGGAAGUCUAGACAUCUUCCAUGUUCCUUGUGGUUGGCUACUCUUAAAUUAUAUAUCCACAGAUUUUCUAUAUGUCUGGGCAUUA